AUGCCGAUGCACUGGCACGCACGGCUCGGCGUGCUCGUGCUUCUGGGUCUCGUACUUGUGCCUCAAAUCUAUGCAGAAGGUCACAGUAAACAUGCCGGGCAAGAGAGCCACAAAACCAAAGCGCCCACAGGCAAGAUAGGUUCGGGCAAUGCAGUGAAAACGACGCUGCCGAUGCUGACGACCGACUCGCGCGUGAAUGCAAGCACGGGCCUGAUUCCCCAACCUUCGAGCAUACCAGUAGAGCCUGCAGAUGAGGCGCCGUAUGCGUUACACGACUCGGUCAUGGUCCGCAGCGAUCUCUCGAUGAGCGACACCGACGGCCUGCAUUAUACCUUUGCACCGCCCCCCAACGUCCCGGUGUAUAUCACGCUUUCCUUGUGUGCAGGCCCCAGUAUUCCUCCGUACAACACAAGCGACGAUAACUUGAUGGACCAGCUUGGAAUGAGUGCGGACGAAGCGCGCCAAGCGACGCUUGUCUCGCUCUACGUCUCGGACAGUUCAAACCAAAAAAAACCCGGACCUGACCAGGGCGUGGACAAGAAAUUUGUCGGAUAUGCGCAGGGCGGCUGGUCCGAGAUCCCGGUCCCAAAAGGCACAAAAGACGGGCUUUGGAUCGGUGUAUUCCCGCCAAAGGAUCCGCGCGGGUUGAACGGCACCUACCGUAUUCAGCUAGCGGCAUCCACUGUGGCGCAGCUAGAGCGCGUUGCUGGAGAAGCGGGUGUAUUUUAUGAUGACUCGGACCGCAGAACGGCACUUUUGACCUCCUUCAAUUACACGACGCCCGCGCCGAAUAUCAGCUUGAUUGUGCUGCCCACCGACGGUGACUUUUCCCUCGCUUCUCUCACCUACUUUAACUCCUCCUUCUGUGCAAUUUUUGAUGCCUGGUCACAGUUCAAUCGCAGUCCAUAUGCACCGGACGUGAACAGCAGCGAUACAACGCGCAUGACCCAAAAUGUCGUCACGCGCGGCGACCAGUACCGCGACAAGAAAAAGGAGACGCCAUUGAAUCCCCAUGUGAACGACACAGCAGGCAUGCGGCCGCCUGGGGACCCUGUUGCGCUGAUAGACGAUCUUGUGGUGAUUUCGCAGCGCGCUGUGAACGAUUCCACGGAUGAGCGUACGCCGCAAGCGCGCAAGCAGUUCCUCGUCUCCGAUCUCAUGCCGGGGCACAACUACACCGCAUACCUUGUCUCCACCGUAAACCAGACGGGAACGCUUGCACGCACGCUGUACCCAGCGGUCAAGUUUGUGACAAAGACGAACCCCACAUGUCGCCUCGUGUACGACCUGCCGUUCUGCCCCGAGCUCGCCUACUCGAUCCCGUUCAAUCCAGGCUUGUCGGUCGAGGAAGCGAUGAGCGUGAUGGAAAAAAUGAUCUCGGCAAAUUAUGGCAACUUUAGCGCGACACUGGCCACCUUUCCGUGCAAAUCGGAGCAGUUUGGGCUCUACUCGAGCGUCGCGACAUGCGACGGCUGUUUGCGUGCAUACCAAAACUGGCUCUGUGCCGUAGCCAUUCCGCGCUGCACAGAUCUCAUCGAUCCAGCGCACAGCGUUGCGAGUCAGAAUGGCACAGAGCUGCAAGGACUGGAGAUGCCGGCGAAUACGCACCUGUACCCCUACGUUGUGAAUCGCACGGGACGCAACAGCAGUCGCCAGGCGUACAUUGAUCAAUUGUUCGAUCCGGGCGAUUACGGCGAGCUGCUGCCGUGCUUGUCGACGUGCGAAAUGGUAAUGCGGUCCUGCCCGCCGCUCAUUGACUGGGACUGUCCGAAAUGGACCGUGACUGCGGAGCGGGACUAUGGCACGUUUGCGGACGCCGACAGCGACGGGCUGGGGAUGGGCGAGAACGGUGGUGCAGGUAAAGAUGGCGCGCGUUUUGGUGGCGCUGCAACGCGCUACGUUGCGCAGGAUGCUUUCGGGAACGUGUACUGCAAUGCGAUGGAUGUGGAUCGCUUGCUGCGCCAGGCAAGUGGGGCGGUGGCCGUACGUCCAGAGUGGGUUGGCGUUGUAGUUCUGAGUGUGGUUGGCGCGCUGCUCUGGUAG